GCAAAUCGAGACACAGUAGUAACCCAGAGUGAGGUGGCAGUCUUAUUCCACAUCGACGUUGACUUAUCCUGCAUACAUCCUAUGUGUCUCGCUAAGCGCACUUGAGGAGUGAAAGAGGUAAAAGUCAAGAUGGCAUCUGCAAGUGGCUGUGGCCAGUCCGUGAUCUAGUCUGGCUGGUUUUUUGGGGGGGACUACGGAACGCAAGGGACUGGUCGUGCAAGGCUUUAAUCAUAAGUUGCUCUUGACCCUGUUGGGACUUGGUGUGGAAUAGCAACAAAGGACGGGAGUGCGCAUACAUGGGACGCGACUUUGACAGCUCUUCAUUUCUUGUCUUAUAACUUUAUCAACUGUCACCGGGGACGAGAUUGUGACUGGAGCAGAGGAUAAUGGCUGAAGCUCCGCUCCCCGACCCACUCCCAGGCUUGAAUGUGGUCAUCGACCCGGACUUCGAGCCCCAGAAGCGACCCAGAUCUUGUACCUGGCCGCUACCACGACCAGACUCGAACGCGGUAAAACCGGAGAGCAAUGACGCAGAUAUUAUCCCAGAGGAAGAGGAUGAUGAAGAGGACAAUGCCACCCCUAUGGCCGCCAGUGUCAGUGACUCUGGGGUGGCGACAGAGGACCAGAGCAGCAACAGCCCUGUAGCCGAUGGAGCGCUCUCCUCUCCAGGCCAGGACAGCGGGGGCUCCCCGCUCUCCACACACUCCCCUACGGGCACCUCUGGCGCGCUGACACCCAGCGCCCUAGCUGCUCAGCAGACCCCGAGAAAAGCAUCGUCUCGCCGUAACGCAUGGGGGAAUCUCUCCUACGCUGAUCUGAUAACGAAGGCAAUUGAGAGCGCGCCUGACAAAAGACUGACACUGUCCCAGAUUUAUGACUGGAUGGUGAAAUCCAUCCCCUACUUCAAAGACAAAGGCGACAGCAACAGCUCUGCAGGAUGGAAGAACUCCAUUCGGCACAACCUUUCCCUGCACAGCCGUUUCAUCCGUGUCCAGAAUGAGGGAACAGGGAAGAGUUCCUGGUGGAUGAUCAACCCCGAGGGAGGGAAGGGUGGCAAGGCCCCUCGGCGCCGUGCAGUCUCCAUGGACAACAGCAACAAGUACACCAAGUCUGCCCGUGGCCGUGCUGCAAAGAAGAAGGCCGCUCUGCAGGCUGUAGCCGCUGCAGCUGGUGAAGGUGGCAGAGACAGUCCAUCAGGACUCUCCAAGUGGCCUGGAAGCCCAAUGUCACACAGCAGCGAGGAGCUGGACACCUGGACAGACUUCCGCUCCCGUACUAACUCCAAUGCCAGCACUGUGAGCGGUCGCCUCUCACCCAUUUUGGCCAACCCCGAGCUAGAUGAAGUGCCCGAUGACAAGCCCCCUCUCUCACCUAUGUUCUACUCCAGUCCUGCCAGAGCACUGUCUCCUGGCAACACCGCGACCAAUGGGAAGGCCAUGCCGACCGAGCUACCCCGACUGGCAGACUUGGCAGGGACAAUGAAUCUGAAUGAUGGACUCGCAGUUGAACUGAUGGAGGUGCUGGAUAACAUCGACCUGGAGCAAAGCUCUUCCACUCAGACCACUCCAAAUGGUUCCUCAGGGUUUAACUUUGGGUCCAACCCCAAUGGGCUAGGCACACCUUCUUCCACCUCCUCUCCCUCCUCCAACUCUUCCUCUAAUGGUGGGGGUAAUGGCUACAAUAACUCCAUCUUUGGCCCCAACACCACAGGCUCCUCUCUUCGUCCGUCCCCCAUGCAGACCAUCCAGGAGAACAAGCAGACCUCCUUCUCCAGCAUCAGCAUGUCUCAUUUUGGCAGCCAGACACUACAAGACCUACUCAAUUCUGACAACCAUAGCCACAGCGAUGUCAUGAUGACCCAGUCUGACCCACUGAUGUCACAGGCCAGCGCUGCCGCUGUCAUUUCCCAGAACUCCCGCCGUGGUCUCAUGCUCCGCAGUGAUCCCAUAAUGACCUUUGGGACCACUAGAGGACUUCAAGGCAACCAAGGAGAAAUGCUGCAAAGCAACAACCACAACCAGAGCUCCCUGAGGUCUUUAAAUGGAAGCAUGAACUUAGCUAAUGAUGCUAACACUCUGGCUAGUGCCAAGCAGCAGCUCCUGAUCUCACCCUUGGGAGGAAAUGGGUCUUCCUCCAUGCAGAUUGACACCUCGAUCUUCCUGAACGGACCAGUGAGCAGCAGCGGGGGGCUCUGUCAGGACCGUUUCCCCACAGAUCUGGACUUGGACAUAUUCAAUGGCAGUCUGGAGUGCGACAUGGACUCCAUCAUCAGGAAUGAGCUGAUGGAUGCUGAUGGUCUGGACUUUAACUUUGACUCUCUGGCUAACAUGAAUGGAGUUGGCAACUUCACGAGCACCAAGCAGACCUCUCAGAGCUGGGUACCCGGCUGAGAGGGUCAGGCCAGGGAGGAGCAGAGCAGGUCUGAACUGUGUAGUGCAAGAGAAGAUCAGACACACAACAUCCUUUUUGCCAAACCUGCCAUCAGCACAACAUAAAAUACAAACCCUGUGUUUACAGAAGAAUACUUCCUCUCAAGAGCUUUACCUUCGCUCCCAAACUGAUGAAUCAUGAAUGAUCCAACAGACUCUAUAAAUGCUGCACUUCAGUCCUCAAAGCCUCCUGUGAAACAAAGAAAGCUAUGUCAAACAAUCACCACAAAAUUAUGCAAUUUUCCUUUCACAACCAGAUAUCAAAAGACACUGCUUUUCAGAAGGGGUUUCAGGUGAAAUACAAGGACUAAAUAGUAAGCAAAUACUGAAUAAGAGUUGUUCCCCUUGGAGACAAAAGAAGACAAAAGUGUAAAGUGAAAAAAAAUAAAAAAAAUCAUGUGUUGUAAAUCUGAUCCGGUAAACCACUGGAUGUGUUAUGUUGAAAAAAAUCCCUCUGUUGUCGCUUAGUGAUUUCAAAAACAUUUUCUUUUAUCACAGUUAUUUCCAUAUCAUAAAUGUCUGUACUAAAAGAAAUGUUGUAUCGAUAAACUUAAAAGAUGAAAUGGAGUAUCUUACUCACUGAGCAGCUGCACAUACAGUACAUGCAAACACGCACACAGACAAACCAACACUUUGCCCCAGCUAACAAAAACUUCAAAACUAUUAGAAGUUAAAAAUUCGUAAUUUAAUGCCAUGCAUUUCCAGUUUUGUUCUUAUAAGUUGCUUGCAAUUAAAUUUACUGCAGCAUUUUAUUACAAUUACUAGAAUAACACAAAAUAUGUUCUAUCUUUUGUGUAUAUCUAAUUGUAAAAAAAAAAGAAAAAGAAAUAAGACUAGAGGAAGAGAUUUUCUGUUAUGGAUAUUUGUGCAGUGCAGGGUAGUACAAAGUUCAAGAAGGAAGAGGGUAGAUCUUGUUUGUCUUUUCUUAGAUUUCGUAUCUUCUGGUGAGUUCUGUUGAAGUUGUUUAUCACAGCAUAAGAUGUAGCCAAAAUGAAUACCUGUGUACUAGGGUUGUGAACAUUUCCACACCAUAACAGGUGCUAAGAAAACAAUGUUGAAUCCUGUCCUGAGAGUUAGCCGUACAUUUUGUUUGUUCAUUUUUUUUUUUUCCUCUGUUUUUACCCAUGACUUGUAGAAGGCCAAAGCUGCAACCACUUGUAGCAUGGCAAGGUUGACCUGUAGAGGGCAGGGGGAGCAGGGUUUUAGGCUCAUUCCUCUAGAAGCCAUUUGUUUCUCGAGUAAAACAAUAAGCUAUCUCUGUGUAUUGCCAAAUUACUUGAAACAAACAGUAGGAUAUGCUGGCAGCCAAAUCACAGCACACACAUGCACUCACACAUGUAUGAAUUACACACACUUAGAAAAAAUAAUACCAGGGAUCUGUGUUAAGCUCUGCUGUUUUCUUGUCAUGAGCUUGUGGGGCUUGUUAUGCAUAUAUAGAAUCACUCAGGGGGGGAAAGGGAGGCUUCCCGUUUUAGUAACAUCAAGUCACAUUCUAAUGGUAUUUUAACAUUUCUUGAUUAAAAACAGUAAUGCUUUGUGCUGUGUAAUUUGUAACCUGUGAACUUUCAGCCAUCAAGAUGAAGAGGAGGAAGAUGUUGUGUGGUCUGUUAUUUUUAGUUUUGCUGUCAUAGCUUUUUCUCCUUUUGUUGGACUCGUGACUCACAUACACACAUCCCCUCACGGGCACGCCUGGUGCUCCUGCAAGUGACUUCCUGUGUCUCCUGAGUACUUGUUAACGUGUGUGUGUACUGUAUGUGUUUAUCUAUGGAGUUUAUUUCUGUUGAAUUUAUCUCACAAGGGUUUAUAAUCCCUUACUAUCCCUCACGGUGCAUACAACACAGCUGACUGUAUGCAUGUAUGUAUUAAUGCAUUUUGAACUGUGUGAAAUGCAUAUAUAGUCUCUGUAUGUCCUUAUAUACUCAUGUAGUACUUGACCCUUAGAGUCUGUGUACCUCUGAAGGUAAAGUAAUGAAGAAAUAAUGAACAAAGUUACAUGCCGGGUAGGAGGGAACACUGUUACCAGCGAUUUUGAAAGAUUUUGUUGUAGCAUCUGGAGACCCUGGUACCCCUUCUCUGUUCGGGGUAGCAACAUGAAGUGCAUGCCCCACUGUGUAUAAUAGUGUACAGGUGUCUGUAUAUCACUUUGAGGCCAAGGCAGAGGAGUGUGUGUGUGUGUGUGUGUGUGUGUGUGUGUGUGUGUGUGUGUGUGCGCGCGCGCAUGGGCAGCUAGAAUGAUCUAAUGUGUUAUGUGAGGUUUAGUGCAUGACCUAGCUGUAUUAACUCCUUGACCCUUCUAAUAGUGCUGUCCCUUGACAGAAAUUGUAAUACAGAGAGGAGCCUUGUGUCUUUAGCACUAAAGCGCACAUUCUUUCUAUUUUUUAAAAUCAGGGCUUACCGAGCAGCAUUUGCACCAUCCUCCUGCAUAAUGGCUUUAUUAUUAUGAGUGUGCGCACCUUGACACAGACGCAGGGAAAGCCUCCCUAAUGGCAGUUGCUCAGCUCUGCACGUGUUUUAUUCUUCAUGGAGUACAGUAGACAUAAGUCCUGGUGCUCUCAGUGAGUGGCCGGUUAUUACUUUGAUGUGGUUGAAGCAUCAUCUAAACAAGUUGGAAUUUCUCACCUUUUGUCUGGCAAACAUUUUCCAGAGCAACAUUUCUUUUGGCAGAGGGAAUCCUGAGCAAUCACCUGAACAACCACACACACACCUGCAGCACAAUGUGAAACAAAUAAACAAACAGAAAAGACAUACCACUAGACAGCUUAAUCACCUCUUGGACGUUUGCUUUUUAUUAUCUUUUCUUGAAACUUUUCCAUCCCUGUUAAGAGGCCCAGGCCACCUUCCAUCCAUACAUCCUAUGAACUUUGCCCUUUAUUAUCUUGUUUCUUAUUGACUUGAUGUUAGUGGGUAUUUUUCCUGUGUAUUCCAUUUUGAAUCGUAAUCUAGUUUGUAUAAGAAAUGGUGCGCAUGUAAAUAAAGCUUGGUGAGGCUCC